AUGCCCUCGCCCCUGGCCCUACGCCCCUACCUCCGGAGCGAGUUUUCCCCAUCGGUGGACGCGCGGCCCUGCAGCAGUCCCUCCGAGCUCCCUGCGAAGCUGCUUCUGGGGGCCACUCCUCCUCGGGCCCCGCGGCUGCCGCGCCGGCUGGCCUGGUGCUCCAUUGACUGGGAGCAGGUGUGCUUGCUGCAGAGGCUGGGAGCCGGAGGGUUUGGCUCGGUGUACAAGGCGACUUACCGCGGUGUUCCUGUGGCCAUAAAGCAAGUGAACAAGUGCACCAAGAACCGACUAGCAUCUCGGCGGAGUUUCUGGGCUGAGCUCAACGUAGCAAGGCUGCGCCACGAUAACAUCGUGCGCGUGGUGGCUGCCAGCACGCGCACGCCCGCGGGGUCCAAUAGCCUAGGGACCAUCAUCAUGGAGUUCGGUGGCAACGUCACUUUACACCAAGUCAUCUAUGGCGCCGCUGGCCACCCUGAGGGGGACGCGGGGGAGCCUCACUGCCGCACUGGAGGACAGUUAAGUUUGGGAAAGUGUCUCAAGUACUCCCUAGAUGUUGUGAACGGCCUGCUCUUCCUCCACUCGCAAAGCAUUGUGCACUUGGACCUGAAGCCCGCGAACAUCUUGAUCAGUGAGCAGGAUGUCUGUAAAAUUAGUGACUUCGGUUGCUCUGAGAAGUUGGAAGAUCUGCUGUGCUUCCAGACACCCUCUUACCCCCUAGGAGGCACAUACACCCACCGCGCCCCGGAGCUCCUGAAAGGAGAGGGCGUGACGCCUAAAGCCGACAUUUAUUCCUUUGCCAUCACUCUCUGGCAAAUGACUACCAAGCAGGCGCCGUAUUCGGGGGAGCGGCAGCACAUACUGUACGCAGUGGUGGCCUACGACCUGCGCCCGUCCCUCUCCGCUGCGGUCUUCGAAGACUCGCUCCCCGGACAGCGCCUUGGGGACGUCAUCCGGCGCUGCUGGAGACCCAGCGCGUCGCAGAGGCCGAGCGCACGGCUGCUUUUGGUGGAUCUCACCUCUUUGAAAGCUGAAUUCGGCUGACUGAAAACCUGGUCAAGAUAAGCUUUUGUCUGAUUCUAUUUGUUUUUAAAGAAAGUGGAGAUGUCGAAGAAAACAUAGCUGUAGGAUGGAGUUUUAGAAAAUAAAGUUACCAAAAACUC